ACAUCACCGUCGUACCCUCGUCGCGUCGCGUCAUUUGGCGGCGGCCGCGCGGUAGGAGAAGGAAGAUCGUAGGUUAUGAAAAAAUCGUGCAAACACUGUACAAGCGUGAGUAACAUAUCGACGGUGUGUCUGCCGAAGACGAAUCGUAAUCGCGCGACGAGUCUCGGGGACGACAGUCUUUUGAACCUCGACAUGAAGGAGCAGGAUAUACCCGAGUACUUAGAGGGCUGCGGAUUAUCGGCUUGUACGGCCAGCAACGAAAUAUCCGAGGACGUGGAGCUUCAACUGAUGCACGACAAAAAGUUCUCCACCAUGUCGUCCUUUGGGAGCAGCAGCAGUAGCAGUUUGGUCGACUCCAAGAAGAUUGUUAUGAUCAAACAUCCGGACUCCAACAAGCUGAAACCCGCCGGUAAGAAGACCAAGCCGAUCCAGGCGGAAUUGGACGUGGGUAAGGAGUUCAUUCGAUGUAGGGAAGAUUGCGUGAGGCGGUUGGACCUGAGCAAGGCCUGUAUCACGACUUUGCCCAGUUCCGUGAAGGAACUGAAGCAUCUGCGGGAGUUCUACCUCUACGGCAACAAGCUGACGACUCUGCCACCCGAGAUCGGCUAUCUAUCGAAUCUAGAGACGCUGGCGCUGAGCGAGAACUCGCUCACCAAUUUGCCCAACACUCUGGAGAACCUCAAGUCGUUGCGGGUGCUAGAUCUCAGACACAACAAGCUCAUUGUGAUUCCAGAUGUAGUGUACAAGCUCACGUCGCUCACCACGUUGUUCCUGCGCUUCAACCGUGUCAAGUACGUCAAAAACAACAUAUGUAACCUGACGAAUCUCACCAUGCUGAGCUUUCGGGAGAACAAAAUCAAGGAACUGCCUGCAGGGAUAGGCGAACUGGUCAAUCUUCUCACCUUUGAUGUCUCGCAUAAUCAUUUGGAGCAUCUACCUCCGGAAAUUGGCAAGUGCGUGCAAUUGUCCACCCUGGAUGUGCAACACAACGAACUGCUCGACUUGCCGGAUACGAUCGGCAAUCUAGUGUCGUUGACGAGACUAGGAAUCCGAUACAAUAAACUGACAAGUAUUCCUAAAUCAUUGGCGAACUGCAAGUUGAUGGAUGAAUUCAGUGUGGAGGGCAAUCAAAUAUCGCAUCUACCAGACGGUCUACUGGCUAGUCUGUCAUAUCUUACGACAAUCACGCUGUCUAGAAACUUGUUUACCUCGUAUCCUACAGGUGGGCCGGGCCAAUUCAUCAACGCUUAUUCCAUCAAUGUAGAGCACAAUGAGAUCGAUAAGAUACCUUACGGCAUCUUCUCACGAUCCAAGAACCUCACAAAAUUAAACAUGAAGGAAAAUAAGCUGAACACUUUGCCGCUGGACAUCGGUUCGUGGGUGGCCAUGGUCGAGCUGAACCUUGGAACGAAUCAACUGACGAAGCUCCCAGAUGACAUACAGUGCCUGCAAAGUCUGGAGAUACUGAUUCUCUCUAACAAUGGACUGAAACAUAUUCCGACCACUAUAGUGAAUCUCCAAAAGCUGCGGGUGUUGGACCUGGAAGAGAAUUACAUUGACGUGUUGCCGGACGAGAUUGGCCUGAUGACCGAGUUGCAAAAGUUGAUCUUGCAGUCGAAUAAGCUUAGCGAGUUGCCACGCACAAUCGGACAUCUGAGGAAUCUCACGUAUCUCAGUGUGGGCGAGAAUCAACUAACUUAUUUGCCGGAGGAAGUUGGCACCUUGGAGAGCUUAGAGUCACUCUACCUCAACGACAACAAGUCCUUGCACAAUCUGCCAUUUGAACUGGCGUUGUGCAAGAAUCUCGGUAUUAUGUCAAUUGAAAAUUGUCCACUGUCGCAUAUACCAAUGGAAAUUGUAGCCGGUGGACCAUCACUGGUGAUCCAAUUUCUUAAGAUGCAGGGUCCUUAUCGACCAACAUAAUUGUUUUAUUAUUUUAUUUUAUCGCGUGUUUUUUUUUUGCAUAUGGUCAUAUAGAUGUCGAUUCUUAAUUCUGAGAGAUAAAUAAAGAGGGAGAGAGAGAGAGAGAGAGAGAGAGAGAGAGAGAG